AUCCAUUCCCUGCCUACGUAAAAGUGACGCCACUUCUCUGCGCUGUGCGCUUGAAGCCAUACGUAAGUUUCCUGUUCAUACUUUUUGUACAAUUUAUUUUCUUUAUUAGUUUUGUUUAAAACAAAAAAAGACAACAAAACUUAACAAAGACAUCUAUUAAAUUAUUCAAAGAUACUACCAAUUGCCUAAGAAAAACAAACAAUCAUGAUGUUGAAAACUGCUAUAAUAUCAAUAAUGCCUCAACAGUUGGCCGAGACCAAAGAAGAAGCUGAUCUAGAAAGUCUUACUUCCUCAUUAAGCAACAAUAAAGGUGAUAGUGAAAAACCGGAAGCUGAAAACACUGUUGAAGAAGUUGAAGAUGUACCCAAUCUUGACAAGGCUAUAAAUGACAAACAAUAUGCUCUUACUGACUAUUUGGUUGAUAUGGCCUUAUAUAAUGAAGUUCAAAAUAUCAAGGACAAUUUCCGACGCACUGGCUUGUUGGACGAGGAAACGAUGAGAAUGUACGAAGGUGAAUUAGAGAAACGUAUUCUUCUACAUUUGUUACAAGAAAUGAAUAAUGAACAAGCAGAAGAGAGAGAAUUGCCGUUUUACAUGUACGACGAUGAGGAAGAAGAGGCUGUUGACCGCUUCAAAAAUAUUGACGAUUUGGCUAAUUACUUCAAGGAUCUUGGAGUAGAAGAGGGAGCCGAAAGUCAUGACGAUGAAGUUGUAAAUACAAAUGAGAAGAGUAACGAAGAUUUGAAUGAAGAUUACUUGAAAUUAUUGGAUAAGGAGUCUAAAUCGGAAGCUCCCGCAAAGAAUGUUCAAGUAGUUGAGGUUAAUGGUAAUGAACAAAAAGAUGCGCAAAAAGCGAAGAAAGAUGAAGUAAUUGGUUCAUCAAAUAAGGAGACUGUCUAA